AUGAAUUGGCAUAGACACAUAGAAACUAAACUGUUUCCAUUUGUGGUUGCAGAGCAGCUAAGGAUCGUGCUGGUGGGUAAGAGUGGAGCAGGAAAGAGUGCAUCAGGAAACACCAUUCUGGGCAGAGAGGAAGCCUUCAUAGAGGAUUCGUCCUUUGAGUCGGUCACAGGAUCUUCCAGUAAAAAGAGUGGUGAUGUCCUUGGUCGGGAUGUCCUUGUGGUGGACACCCCUGGAUUAUUCGACACGUCCAAGACGGAAGAGGUUCUGAAAAUGGAGAUUGAGAAGUGUGUGAACUUGUCCGUGCCUGGGCCUCACGUCUUCUUGCUUGUGAUUCGGCUGGGGGUGAGGUUCACUGCGGAGGAGGAAAAUGCUGUUAAGUGGAUCCAGGAAAACUUUGGGGAGAGGGCUGCUAAGUUUACUAUGGUGCUGUUCACUCAUGUUGAUUUUUCGAGAAAAAAGCCAGAGGAUGAGUUCAGUCCAAAGAUUAGUGACUUAAUAGGAGGAUGUGGUGGUGGAUAUCAUGCUUUCAAUAACAAGGAGAGGAAGGACAGGACUCAGGUGGCUGAGCUAAUGGAGAGGAUAGACGCCAUGGUGGAGAAGAAUGGGGGGGAGUACUACACCAAUGCCAUGUACCAGGAAGCUCAGCGGAAGUUGGAAAAAGAAGAGGAAAGGCGCAAAAGGUGUGACAUGCUGGGGAAAGCUUUUGGGGCAACAGUGGGAGCUUUGCUGGGAUCAGGUUAUUCUUUGCUUGUCAGAAUAGGUGUGGUCGCUGCAGGAGGAUACACAGGGCAACUUUAUGAAGAAGAACUGUGUGACUGGGCAGAAUACCUUCACUUGGUCUAACUGAGUUUACCUGAUUGACUUGAUGUAGCUGGCUUCAGUUAGGCUAUACUUUACCCCAGUGGUCCAAAAGGGUACUGCAGGGCUAAUAAACUAAAUCAAAGAAAGUUAUGUAAUAACUAAAGUAAAGCAAUAAUCUUGGUAUUUUGUA